UUACUGUGUACUGUACAUAUUUGAAUAUUAGUGGACUUGACUUCUUAAUUUGACUAAAUAACAAUAAAGGUGUUCAAAGCUUCAUCACACACAUCAUGGUAAUAAUGUAGUCGAUGCUUUUUUACCCUGUUAAUGCAGAGAGUUCUGUUUACUAGCAGCUGUUUAUAACUGCUGUAUUUAAGACAUAAACAAGUCUAUAGAUCAAUGAUCAUGCUUAUAUUUUAAUGGGGGUCCAUCCUAGUUGUUCAUAUUGAUAUAUGUUAUUUUUGCUUACAGGAAGCUGCGAGAGGAAGUAGUCGGCACACCUCAGUCUAAGCAUCUGUCACAAAAUGACAUCAUCAGUCCUCAUUUCCAACAUCACAGAGGAAUGGGUGGAGAGUCUGCACAGGUGGCAUCUUGAGUUCUUUUUCAUCCCCACCACAGUUUUCACUCUGGCCACCUUGCUGGCCAACCCCGUGCUCCUGACGUGUAUUUUUCUGUCCCGUGCCCUGCGUCAGGAGACGCGCUAUCUGCUGGUGGCCAACACCUUGAUAGCUGACAUGCUCUUCCUCAUCCUCAAUCUGUCCACGGUGAUCUGUAACGCUGUGAGGGCUCCGAUCCCCUGGCUGCUUUGUGAAGUCAUCACAGCUUUCACGGUCACCACCUACUGCUGCGCCAUCCUCACAGUCACACUCAUGGUGGUGGACACCUACGCUGCAGUCCGCUGGCCUCUUCAUUACCAUGAUAUUCUGCCACCUGCACGCACCCACCGCAUUCUGGUGGGGUUAUGGGUGGUGGCAGCCAUUUACCCUUUCACACUGAUGAUAAUUAUGGAGACUGAGAAAGGAAGCCAGAGUGGCAAGGUGGCUGUGUGUCUGGCCAUCAUCUCCUUCGGCUUUAUUCAAGUCAAAGACACAGUGGGAAUCCACCUCUAUUUCUUUAUUGCUGCUCUAAUCUGCACCUUGCUUAUAUUGUACUGCUACAUCCGGCUCUACAUGGUCACAAGGACUCAGGGAAUCUGGCAGAGCCGCUUCUCCAGGGCCCGGGUCACACUUCUGGCUCACGGGCUUCUGCUCCUUCUGUACUUUGCCCCUGGCUUUGUUUUCACCAUGGAGCUCUGUCUUUUCCACAGGAAGGACAUUAGUCAAGAUGUUCGUGUGUGGAUCAGCACAGUCAAUAUGUGUGUUUUCAUGCUGCUGCCAAGGGCACUUGCUCCCUACCUGUACGGGCUGAGGUACAGAGAGAUCUCUGACUCUCUAAUGCAGCUGCUGCAGCAGCACAGGAGGCUCAGCCAGGUCACGGUUUCAUGAAGACACUUAUGAGUAUAAAUAUUUGAUUUCUUCAAUGGAAGAUGACCUAAUACAUCCUUUUUUUAUACACUCUACACUAGGCUGAUUCAUGUACUUUUUUAGAAAGACUAGAUUGAAGAAAGUGGAGUGCUUUGGGGUUAGACAUUUACUUUUACACGCACAUAUUUUGAUAAUAUAUAUAAUAUAAUAUUUGGAACAGAGAAGAAUAAGGUUAAUUUCUUUGGAAAAAUAUUCUCUCAGUAAUUCUAAAAAUAAAUGCAGAUUUUAACCCUUUUAUCCCAGUCAUAUUCAUUGUUUUUUUCAAGAUAACUUAAGAGCUGAUUUAAGCUGUUAAGAGGUCUGAGCUGGCCCUUGAGCUUUAUACACGGCAAAGCUUGCAAUUCAACCAAAAUCCUUAUUUUUGAUCAUAAUUGUUUAGACUUCAGAAGCCAGCUUUAAAAAUAGCUGCCCGAAAAUAAACCAUGUGUAAUAUGUGAGUGAUUAUACAGCACACACCUCUCAUCAGGUUGUUAAAACUCUUACAUUCCCAGAAACAGCACUCAAGUACAUACCCUCUGUUUUCCCAUUGUUAGCACCAGAUGGUGUUUGCUUCACCACAGUCACUUCUACUCUUUUAUUCUUCUUCAAAAGGAUAUGUACCACGUCUAUGAGGAAAAGUAAAUUUGUAUUUUAAACCAAUUGACAGCUGGAGUGUUUGCUCUUGUGUUUAUUAAAGCACUUCAUUAUCUGA